AACACAACAUGGACGUUUCACCUCACAAGCUAAUGAGGCUAACCUGUUAGCACACACACACACAGACACACGCCGCAGACCCGGAGCCACCUAAUGAAAUGAUCUGACUGAGACCAGAAUCCUGUUGCUUAUCCAGCUGCUUCGGAAACACAGAACAUGGCCUGUGUUCACACGCAGCGGAGAGACCGUGGAGAUGAUAUGCGCCCCUGGGAGACGAACACCACAGCCGACAGAGCCAUCGCUGCGCUCCCGUGGAGUUGGUCUGAGCGAGGAGAAUGUCUCCCACUUCUGCCGGUUCUAACAUCUAAGUGCUGGAUUUGAGAGAUAUUUUAUUUUUGAAUUGACUACAUGUUAUUCAUUAGAUUUUGCCACUCCAGGCUGUGAAGAUAUGCCAGUUAUUAGCGGAGGCUUCGUUGUGUUGCAAUAGGCGCUUUGGAUUCCGCGUAAACGGACACAAUUAGGCCAGUUCAUCCGCGGCGGCUCUUCGUGUUCCUUCACAGAUAUUUAUAUUUCUCAUGGAUGUAUCCUUCCUUAUCGCGAAGGGACUGAUUUCACCGUCACUAUUCAACAAGCUGCACUCGCUCCUGGCUGCAAAGCGAUGGGCGCAGUUUGCCUGAGCCAUCCACAGCGUCUCGGUUCCCCAGCCCCGCUUGUUGAAUCUCCUCCCUGGUGACUAGAAUGGGUUCGUAUUAACAAACUUAACUCUGGUUCUAUCAUCGGCGGAUUGCAGACUCCAUCUUUCUCUUAAAAAGUUCAUCAUGGCUCGUCCCGGGGUGUGCGUGAAGCUGAGCUCCGUGUGGAGAGCGCUUUGGCUCAUGAGGACCGUGGUGGAUUUCGCGCUGCCACAGGAGACUUACGCGCCCCAUUCAAUACGGACUGAGGGCCACCUGACCCUCGGAGGACUCUUCCCGGUGCACGCCCGCGGGGCCGACGGCAUACCGUGCGGGGAUCUCAAGAAGGAGAACGGCAUCCAGCGGCUUGAGGCCAUGAUGUACGCUUUGGACCAAAUCAACCAGGACGAUCAACUCCUACCCAACAUCACCUUAGGCGCCCGGGUGCUGGACACUUGUUCGAGGGAUACCUACGCGCUGGAGCAGUCUUUAACUUUCGUCCAAGCCCUGAUCACGAAGGACACCUCCGACGUGAGGUGCACCAACGGGGAGCCCCCGGUGUUCGUGAAGCCUGAAAAAGUCGUGGGAGUCAUCGGCGCCUCGGCGAGUUCAGUAUCGAUUAUGGUCGCCAACAUCCUACGCCUCUUUCAGAUCCCGCAGAUCAGCUACGCGUCCACCGCCCCAGAGUUGAGUGACGACAGACGCUAUGACUUCUUCUCACGGGUGGUUCCUCCAGACUCGUUCCAGGCCCAGGCUAUGGUGGACAUCAUCCGAGCCCUGGGCUGGACCUACGUCUCCACCAUUGCCUCCGAGGGCAGCUACGGAGAAAAGGGAAUAGAGGCCUUCACACAACUCUCUAAAGAAGCGGGUGGAAUCUGUGUUGCGCAGUCUUUGAAAAUACCCCACAACCCCAAGCUGGAGGAUUAUGACAAAGCCAUCCAACAACUGCUGGAAACGCAGCACUCGCGGGCAGUCGUCAUCUUUGCCAGUGAAGAAGACAUACGGGGGGUUCUCAAUGCCACCAAGAGGGCCAAUCAGGUGGGCCAUUUCCUGUGGAUUGGAUCCGACAGCUGGGGAGCCAAGAGCAGUCCCAUCCACCAGCUUGAAGAUGUGGCGGUUGGAGCAGUCACUAUACUGCCCAAGCGCUCCUCCAUUAAAGGGUUUGAUGAAUACUUUACUGCACUCACCCUUGAGAACAAUCGCAGGAACGUGUGGUUUGCUGAGUUCUGGGAAGAAAACUUUGACUGCCGGCUCCUCAGCGCCUCGAAGAGAGAGGAUUCCAGCCGUAAAUGCACAGGCCAGGAGCGCAUCGGGAUCAACUCCAAGUACGAGCAGGAAGGAAAGGUACAGUUCGUGAUUGACGCGGUGUAUGCCAUGGCCCACGCUCUCCACAACAUGCAGAGGGACUUGUGUCCUGAUCAUCUUGGCAUUUGUCCACAAAUGGAGUCUGCGGAAGGAAAGAUGCUGCUGAAGUACAUACGCAACACCAGCUUCAACGGCAGCGCCGGCACCUCUGUUGUGUUUAAUAAGAAUGGCGAUGCUCCAGGACGCUAUGACCUGUUCCAGUUCCAGAUGACCAAUUCCUCCACCCCAGAGUACAAGAUGGUAGGACAGUGGGUGGAGACGCUUCAGCUCAGGCUGGAGGAGCUUCAGUGGCCAGAUGGGGAGCAGGAUGUGCCCAUCUCUGUGUGCAGUCUGCCCUGCAGGACUGGAGAGAGGAAAAAGAGGGUAAAGGGCAUGCCAUGCUGCUGGCACUGUGAGCUCUGUGAUGGUUACCAGUACCAGUACGACGAGACUUCCUGCAGACUGUGUGCCUAUAACAUGAGGCCCAACCCCAACAGAACCGCCUGCCAGCCCAUCCCCAUUGUCAAGCUGGAAUGGCACUCACCAUGGGCAAUAAUCCCCGUCUUCCUGGCCAUGCUUGGAAUCAUCGCCACCAUCUUCGUCAUGGCAACAUUCGUGCGCUACAAUGACACACCCAUCGUGCGAGCGUCGGGCCGAGAGCUUAGCUACGUGCUGCUGACGGGUAUCUUCCUGUGUUACAUCAUCACCUUCCUCAUGAUCGCCAAGCCAGACGUGGCCGUGUGCGCCUUCAGGAGGAUCUUCCUGGGCCUGGGCAUGUGCAUCAGCUAUGCCGCGCUGCUCACCAAGACAAACCGCAUCUACCGUAUCUUCGAGCAGGGCAAGCAGACGGUCACGGCCCCGAGAUUCAUCAGUCCCACCUCCCAGAUCGCCAUCACUUCCAGUCUGAUCUGUGUGCAGCUGCUGGGCGUGCUGGUGUGGUUCGCCGUGGACCCACCAAACACCAUCAUCGAUUACGAUGAGCAGAAAACCAUCAACCCCAAGCUGGCCCGCGGCGUGCUGAAGUGUGACAUCACAGACCUUCAGAUCAUUUGUUCACUGGGCUACAGCAUCUUGUUGAUGGUGACCUGCACCAUCUACGCCAUCAAGACACGGGACGUACCGGAAGACUUCAAUGAAGCCAAGCCCAUUGGCUUCACUAUGUACACCACUUGUAUAGUGUGGUUGGCCUUCAUCCCAAUUUUCUUUGGCACAGCCCAGUCGGCAGAGAAGCUGUACAUUCAGACCACCACCCUGACCAUCUCCAUGAACCUCAGUGCCUCGGUAGCACUGGGCAUGCUCUACAUGCCCAAGGUGUACAUCAUUAUCUUCCACCCGGAGAUGAACGUGCAGAAGAGGAAGCGUAGCUUCAAGGCUGUGGUCACAGCUGCGACAAUGUCGUCACGUUUGUCCCAGAAGCCCAGUGAGAGGCCCAACGGAGAGGCUAAGACUGAGCUGUGUGAGAACCCCCCUGCUGACCCCAUGAGUCAAGCAACCAAGAAAACAUAUGUGAGUUACAACAACCUCAGGAUCUGAUCUGCUUGCAAAUGAAUGCAGUUUGUCCUUUAUCUGUGAUUGAAAAGGGGAAGGGAGCGGUAGCGGAACAGAGGAAGACAGACAGCGAAAGGAGAGAGAGCGCAGGCAUCCCAGCACCUGCAGUACCUAUGCACUCCAGGACUGUGGAUAGCAUCCAACCUUCAUCCAGACAUGAUACAUGAGUCCUGGCAGAAACUAGCACAGCUGUAGGCCAGUGUUGUUGGGCCUCCAGAACCAAACUGUAGUUUUUAAGCUUGUGUUGUUGUGGCCCCCUUCUCUCUGACAGAGAACAACUUGCCUGCUAAAAGGGGGUCACUGUGAAAGAGGACAGACGCAAAAAAAAAAAGAGAAAAAAAAGAAAAAGGACAACGAUCUGCUUUCAAGAUAUUUUCUUUUGAAAUGUCAUUAAAGCCAUAUUCUCUUGGGGUUCCCAUUAUCAAUUUCUGUUUUGUAUUGUUUCUAAGUGGUUUUCUUCUGUGCCUCUUUUUUCCUUGGAGUUAAUUUGAUGACCUUGAACAGCAAGCUCUGCUACAUACAGUAUUUUGAUUUACCAAAAUCAACUCCGAUCAGUCCCAGGUGAUUAUUAUGUUAGAGUGAUGGGCAUUGUAAGUAUAUUUUUUUUGUAAAUAUUUGAGAGUAUUUUCAUGUUUGGAGUACAAAACUAGAUAUCCAGUCUUUGUUCAAUUGGAUUUGGAUGGUAUUGACAAGCACCACAAAGUGUUCACUUUGCAUGUGCCAAUGUAUGUCUGUUAUAUUAGAUGUAAACAAAAAAAAAAGAAAAAAAAAGAGUGAAAUAAAUUCUGAACAAUGAUAAUGAGCUUCAGCAUCAUUCUGCUGUGUUUUUUCUUUACCGAGACUGAGCUGCGUUAAACCACAGAAUAUGGCUUUAAUCUGUUGGUGACCUUCCCUCGUCCUGAUCUGCAAGCAUGUUUGUUUUACAUCGUUUUCGUACAUUAAUGGGUGACAUUAUUAACAGAGCAACCAUGCAAGUAUGUUGUGAUAUCUGUCAAAUUAUGAUCAUGUAAUAAAAUCAUUUUGUUAUCUUUUCUACAAUGAAACCUGACAUCAUAUCACAGUUAUUUCUGUGCAGUGUGAGUCCCUGUGAGUGUGUGAGGGCAUGUUUACACUGGCGUAUGAAUAAGAACAAUUAAUCACUCUGUUGUUUACGGCUUUCUGUAAACCGAUGCAAAUGUCAUGUGCUAGUUUACUGUCCCACCCUGUGACGAGGCACAUUAGCGAGCUCGCUGAGCAGCGCUGUCACGCAGAGACGAGACCCCGGCGAGAGGAGGGGAUGUCCACUGACCGACUCCUCCGCUCACCCUUUGCUCUUUCCGUCUCAUCCCCGUUGCUUCUCCCUCUCGCUGUCGCUCCCUCCGCUUCUCGCCACCAAUCCCCCACGUGAAUAAUAUAACAUGUCAGAUCAAUUUGUCCUGCUGAUGACCGGGCCUUUACGAGCUAACCGCUCUUCAUCCCCGUGCCUGCCUGCAAGCAUAAUGUUGGUAUUUUCGACAUUGAUUAUUAUAUAAAAACAUGAAUAGACCACUCAUAGGGGGGACUCCUGUUCCUACAGCCAGUAAGUGUCUCCCUCCAGGCUGGCACAUGAUAUAUGACUGAGAUGCUGAUUCCUCUUUUCUGUUUGUGUGUGGGAACAAGACAGAGAGAGAGAGAGAGAGAGAAAAGGGGGGAAAUAGAGGGACAGAGAUCCUUACCCACACAGGUUUUCUGUUGUUUCUCUUUCCAUUUGUUUGGCAUCUCUCUCAGCUCCUGUGGGACCAGAUGGUCUUUACUUCUCAUACACACAGUCUGUCAUUUUCUGCUGCACCCGGCCAAGAAAAAUCCCACUUAUGCCCAAUUAAGACUAGCCUCUCCCCCACCAAAUUAAUUGGCUGUGUCAGUGUCUGUGUAAGUAAUCAGCUGGGGCUGAACAGACUUUGGAUUUGCAGCUCAGCAAAAAGAACAGAAAUGCUAAAUGGCUCGAGCAAUUCCAUUCUAGAUCUUUAUAAAUAAAGAAACUUUGAAAUGCAGAGAAUAUUAAAAAACAAGCAUGGGGGGGGAGGAGGUUUUCCCCCUUCCUUGCAUAGAGUGGGGUUUGGAUUCCUCCAGUUUCCACCUCUCUGGGCUGCAGCGUGAGGGGCCCACCUGCUCCGUGUGCACCUGUUCUGCAGGCUGCACUUUCCUGGGAGAGUCGAGAGGGGGGAACAUCAAAGGGAUGAAACUAAUCAUGGUGGACGGAGAGGAAGGCGUGCUGCACCGGGACCCCAAUGUUUCAAACUCUGACGACUGUCAGUCACAGAUUGUUAUGCACGUGGAACGUUUGAAGCUGAACAAUAGAGUUUACGGACUUUUUAAAAAAAACAUGCUUGGGGAUCUGACUCUUAAAAGCUGUCUAGUUACAAAGUUGUCAAAACUGUCUGCACCGUGUAUGAAUUACAAGUCUGCAUGACCCAAUUCAGAUGACAAGGUGACACCGCUGCUCUAUUAAACGUACGUUUCAC